AGCGUUGAACAAACGUCAAACGGCACGCUGUCACAACAAUGUGCCCGGCAUGUAUAGAAAAAAAAAACACGGUAUCAACAAAAAGCACGUGAAAUUGUUCCGGAAUUCCGACGUUGAACAAAACCCGAUCCAGUAUGGCCACAAAACCACUGCUCUAUCUGGAGGAAUAUAAACUGAAGCAGGAUGCCAACGAUUACGGUUUGUCGGACGAACUGUGGGACUUUGAGCGGUUUAAGCAACAGCUACAGAUCGUCGUGGUACGGUACGAGGAGGACGAGCUGGAAUUCGACAUGAUCGGGGUGAGCUGUGCCGUAGCGAACGUGUUCCGACGCUUGAUGCUGAGCGAGGUGCCGAGCAUGGCCAUCGAAAAGGUGCACAUUUAUAACAACACCUCGAUCAUCCAGGACGAGGUGUUGGCCCAUCGGUUGGGGUUGAUUCCGCUGCGCGCCGAUCCUCGCAUGUUCGAGUACAAAGCAAACGAAACCGAUCCUCCGACGGCGCAGGAUACGCUGGAGUUUGAGCUGAAGGUGAAAUGCACCCGAAAAACGAAGGAACCGAACGAGAUGACGAAUAACGACAAUAUGUACAAAAAUCACAGCAUCUACUCCGGUCAGAUCAAGUGGGUUCCGAUCGGGAAUCAAUCGACCGUCUAUACGGAGGCUGCUGUAGGGCCGAUUGAUGAUGAUAUUUUGAUCAGCAAAAUGCGUCCCGGGCACGAGUUCGACAUCAAACUGUUCGCGGUGAAGGGGGUCGGCAAUGAUCAUGCCAAGUUUUCGCCCGUGGCAACCGUUUCCUAUCGGCUGCUGCCGGACAUCAAGCUGAAUCGUCCGGUGGCGGGGAACGAUGCACGGUUGCUGCAGAAAUGCUUCUCGCCGGGUGUGAUUGAGAUCGACAAAGAUGAUCAAGCGUACGUGAAAGAGGCGCGGUACGAUAGUUGCAGCAGGAAUGUGUACCGAUACCCUCAGAUUUCGGAUGCCGUUACGAUAGCCCGCGUACGGAACCAUUUCAUCUUCACGGUGGAAUCGCUCGGUGCACUGAAGCCGGACGUUAUCUUUGUGGAAGCGGCGAAGGUGCUGAAGAAAAAGUGUCGAAUGUUUUUGGAUGAAAUAAAGGGCAAUUGAAGGCUGUACGUAGAUCAGAAAAAGAGAGUAGUACCUUGUGCCUUUUUGGUGAAAGAAAUCAGUUAAUAUAUUAAUCAUUAGCAUUAGCAACUUUUAAAUCGAUAUUCCGAUCCCCUGUCUCGCAUAAUUCGGAAAGACGCUAAUGAAACGCAACAGGUGUAUGUCACAAUAAAAGUACUUUAUGUUCCACCGUUCGUCACUCACAA